AUUCUCUACAACUUUCAUUUCUUUGAAUAAGUUCACGAUGCUUGCACAAAUCCAGCCUAGCGUUCAAAUCUCUGGCCUUCCAACACCUGCACCAAGUCCCUCUCUUGGGACAACCUUCUACAUCAAACCACUCAAUCUACAAGGUGGUCAAUGUACUUGGUGUGGAAAAUAUGGUCACAAAAGAAGGGGCUGUUCUUUCUUAAAGUAAAAAAGAAACAAAAAAAAACACCAACACCAACAUCAACCACGUCCUGCAAAACUCAACUAUUGAAAACAAAACUUUCUUUGAUCACCAAUCUCGAAUACCACGAACAACAACUACAACAACUACAACUACAACAGUCUACUUAACCAUUUCCUAUUCGGACAUCAACUAUUUCUAUAUAUGUAUCUUCUUACAUGUCACCCUGCCCAUCCUUUCAACCAAGCCCAAUACCAGAAAAAAUCUUACAGCACCACUAUCACCAUCGCAACGAACAAAUUUAAUCCUCCGCCCAUUCCCGUCAACACUUCUUUAACAUCUUCCUCUUCCUUCGUUCCUUCUUGUUCCAUUAACCCAAAUUUCCUGCAAUAUUUUCUUUUCUCAUAUAUUUCUAUGUAACAAAACCAAAAAUCCAAACCUACAAUUUCUGUACAUAACUUUCUCCCCCAUACAACCUUCUUUGACUAUUAUUUUUUCUUUCUUUUAUUCUUAUUCUUACCUUGAUCAAUGUUUUUCAUGCCAAAUAUUUUAUUUCUUUUUCUGUUUUCUUUUAUUUAUUCUCCUUGUUAUUUUGUCUUCUAAUCUGUACAGUUGAAAGAAACAUUUGAUGUUGCCAUUUAUGCUAUAAUCCCCUUCUCCCCCUUCUUCUCCCUCCAAAAAAAAACAAUAAUAAUAAUAAUAUUACAUUCAUUAUUAUUAUUAUUAUUACUUAUUUAUUUAUUUAUUUAUUUAUUUAUUUAUUUUUGUUUUUAUAUCUCAUAUAUAUAUAUAUACAUACAUACAUCUUUACUUCGAAACCUCUUUAUUGGUAUUACUUACAAAACCAAAAAAAAAUAAAAAAUUAUUGUUGCUUUUAU